GAGUGUUUCUGUUCGCCCUCCAGCUGCAGAGGAAAGCAGAGAUUUAUUUGCGAGCUGAAGACGAUGUGAGCAGAGAGCGAGGGAACUGUCUGAGCAGAGAUUUCGAUUUUCUUUUUAAAAGAGAGAGAGAGAGAGAGACUCAUGUGAUGGCUCCAGAGCUGCUUACUGUCAUCAUGGCUUCAGGCUCAUGUGUAGCCCUGUGUUUGGUGAUCCUGAUGCUGGUGGUGGUCUUCUACAGAAAAGAUCCUAUGUGCUGCAGAUUCAGACCCGACAGCACUGAACACUACAGCGAUGACGCUCAUCAUUAUCACAGCAGGCACUCUCUGAUCAGCAUCGCCCAGAAUGAGCAAAGUGCCUCAAACCAGGGAGAAGCUGUACUGGAGCUUCCAGGAAGGCUGUUUAUAAUUGGGAAGCCAAAUGACUACUACCUGAGCGGAGGUCUGCCCAGACUUCCGUCCUAUGAGAGCGUUCGUAAGAAGGACCGGCAGAGACAGAUCCACAACAUGAUCUCCGAGCGCUUCGGCCUCAGCGGCUGUCCAAAUGAGCCUCCACCAACAUAUGAAGAAACCCUUCGCCAGUCGGUUGAAAUUUCACCCUCACACCUGCACACUCUGGAAGUUCACCUGUCAGUCCACAGCCAGGACGGCUCCUCAAACCUCAACGAAGAUACACACGACCCAAACCAGCCAGCCACAUCACUCCAACACUCACCUUCCUCCUGUCCAGCACACAGCUCCACAUUUCUGUCUAUCUGAGGAUCCUGGAGUUCUUUGCAAAGCCAUAUAAAGCGAAAGAGGGCUGCCGUUGUUUGAGCCAAGAGAGUUUGUGUCGAUUAACCACAGAGCUUUUCUCAUGCUAAUGAAUCUGACUCAAGCUGUACACUCCGAGAGUGCCGAUGACACAUCACUGCAUUGUUCAGGCAUUUACCAGCAGGUUUUAAAUGGUGUGUUUUUCCAGGAAAAGUAAAAUGGAAGGAGGGAUCUAAUGAUGUGCCUCUUUAGAAACUGACCUGGAUAUUUUUGUAUCAAAGCCUUCUCUGUAUUUUCUUUGAAUAGAAAAUAUUUUAUACCAAUUAAAUCACAAAUGUUUCAGUGUUUUCAUUGGACUGGCAUGGCUGACAGUAAAUGUGACUUUUACAAAAUGGCAAAGGUUAAA